AUGGUGGCCCCAUCUCCGUACCGUACCGCAAUCAUUGAUUGUGUCAAAAACGGAAUGACGAAUUCAGAGAUCGUUAAAAAGCUGAAAGUGUCUCGUGUUCUCGUUUUUCGAACUGCACAACGCUAUCGGCGUCUCGGUACUUCAGAUGACAUGCAAAGAAUGGGACGUCCAGUCACCGUCACGACUCCAGAAGCAGUCAAAGCCGUUCGAGAGAAAAUCAGGCGCAAUCCGGCAAGAAGCGUGAGAAAGAUGGCAAAAGAAUACAAAAUGAGUCGAGAAUCGAUGAGAACUAUUGUCAAGGACAAGCUGAAGAUGAUUCCCUACCGUAUGCAGAAAGGAGCCUUCCUCAAUCAAAAAAACAAGACAUUGCGGAUGGAAAAGACUUGA